AUUAUAUGUUUGUGAAAAUUUAGUGAAUGAAUUGGAAAGAUUGUGAUUUGUGACAUUUAAACUAAACAAACUAUUGAAAACAAAGUGUCGCAUGCAUUUUUUUCAUUAAACUACUCAAUGUCUUUGCCUACUGAAUUUUUAUCUGCUCAUGACUAUUUUAGAGCUUCAGUUAAUUUCCUUCAAACUCAUUCCUGGAUCUAUCAUAGUGCUAACACCCGAUUCAUAAAAGCUGGCGUAUUUGAAAAGUUUCCUCCAGAUUUCGUGGAAUAUUUUCUAAAAUUGAAAAAUAGCGAUUUAAAUAAAUUUCCAUUUUUACACGAAUGUGACGAUUUCAAUAAUGGCAUUGACUCUCCAGCCCUACAAUCAUUUCGUUCAACACUCCGCAAACUCAUACCUAAGCAAGCAUAUGACUACACUGAUCACAGUGAUCUGACCCCAAGGCAAGUGCUACUUAAAAGUCAAUUGCGAAAGAUAAGAGUCAAGAAGCAGCACGAAAUCAUUCAACUAACUAAAGUUAUACUCACGCAUUGUUGUGAUGCGUCCUUGUUGCUCGAUUUUGGGGCUGGCUUGGGGUACCUUAGUGAGUCAUUGUGCAGCGUUAAUACAAGUUGGUGUGUACUUGGUCUGGAGUCUGAUAAUUGUCGUGUAACGGCUGCACGGAAACGUCUGCAACAACAGAUGCCAGAAGCCAGCAGACGUGUCAUUUAUGUGCAACAACUCAUUGAAGCGAACUCUAGCAGUGCUAUUAAGCAACAUAUUGCCUGUAGUAGAUUCGACGACUCACAGGCGAUGCUCGGAAAAUGGGCAAUUAUAGGAUUACACGCAUGUGCUGACCUCUCUGUGACGGCAAUAAACUUAUUCCUUGAGUUGGCAGAAGUUAAGUGCUUAGUCAUCAUGCCAUGUUGCUAUCAUAAGCUACAGCAGACUACCGAUGGAAAUUUCUUAAACUUUCCACUCAGCAAAUCGUUAAAAAAAAUUGUUGCAGAGAAAAAAGAGGAUAUUGAGAGUUACUUAAAUCGUCCCUUUCUACGUCUGGCUUGUCAAGAAACCAGUGCGCGUUGGCGUAAUAGUUCAGGGGAUGAGCACCUGGCGCAUGGAAAACAAAUGUUCUGGCGCGCUGUAGCCGAUGCCAUCAUUGAUGAUGAGACGGAAACAAUCAGAACUUUAGUAAAAAGUCAACGGCCUGCUGCAGAUAUAUAUAAAACAGAAAGUUUUGCCAAUUUUUGCCAACACUACGAGCUGAGAUCAAAAGCAACGGAUGUGCAGCAUCUGCCUGGUGCCUUGUGGAAUGAUAAGCACGAAGAGAAAUUUAAUGAAAUCGUAGAAAAGUAUUCUGAUACAGGUCCCAAAUUGGCGGAAGCUUUGACUUGUUUGCAAACAACGUUACAGAAACUCUGCGAGAAUAUUGUGCUUUACGAUCGUUUGUGUUAUAUGCAGGAAUACGCAGAGGAGCGACCAAAUUUAAAACUAAAUGUACAAAUUCAGAAGAUUUUGGAUGAGAAGUUAUCACCACGCUGCUAUGCCUUAAUCGCGGAAAAAUUAUAGCAUUAAUGACGGCGAAAGUGAAAAUAAUGGCCGAAUGCGUGUUCUGUGCACCAAUGUACCAUUGUAUGUGUGUUUGUUUGUAAGUUAAAAGCUUAGAGUGUACAUUUAUUCACAUU